AUGCAGCAAAUUUUUGACAAGUUGGUUGGUUUGGCUAUGCUUGCAGUGGCAACAGCAGUAUUUGCAUACUACACCAUUUGGGUAUUUGUUCUUCCUUUCGUGGAUGAAUCUAACGUGUUACAAAGUUUCUUUUUGCCCAGAGAUUUUGCCAUUAAAUUGCCAUUGAUUCUUUUAGUGUUGGCUGGAACCGCUGUGGGAACGUUCAUCGGCAGUGUUCUUGUCAAAAAAUCGAAGAAAGCCAAAAGUAAGAAAACUAACUGA